CACAUAGACCAUAAACUUCUAUCAAAAACAUCUAUGGCUACCGCUGCUCAGCUCUCCGGCCACUUUCACCGGCCAAUCAUCACCGCCAUUGGAACUAAUAAUCAGCGUCAUGUAACCACCACCCAUUACCUCCCUAUCCCACGGCGGCGCAACUUAACAACGUCUCGGUUGCGACCAAUUAUGAGUCUUCAAGUGGGCAAAGAAAUGCCUCCGACAUCAACGGUGGACAUGGAACAGCUCGUUGGGUUCCUAUACAAGGAUCUUCCUCACCUUUUCGACGACCAAGGAAUCGAUCCGAAGGCGUACGAUGAGCGCGUGAAGUUCAGAGACCCCAUCACCAAGCACGAUACUAUAGCUGGAUACCUCUUCAACAUCUCUCUCUUGAAGAAUCUGUUCACUCCUGAUUUUCAACUUCACUGGGCAAAACAGACAGGUCCAUAUGAGAUAACAACAAGAUGGACUAUGGUAAUGAAAUUCUCGCUAUUACCGUGGAAACCAGAGCUUGUCUUCACAGGGUUAUCAAUCAUGGCUGUUAAUCCAGAAACUAAGAAAUUUUGCAGCCAUCUGGACUUGUGGGACUCUAUCAAUAACAAUGACUACUUCUCUUUAGAAGGUCUUGUUGAUGUAUUUAAACAGUUACGGGUAUAUAAAACGCCUGAUUUGGAAACUCCAAAGUACCAAAUACUGAAAAGAACAGCAAACUAUGAGGUGAGGAAGUAUGAACCUUUCAUAGUAGUUGAGACAAACGGUGACAAGCUUUCUGGCUCUUCAGGUUUCAACAAUGUUGCUGGGUACAUAUUUGGGAAAAACGCGACGAUGGAGAAAAUACCAAUGACAACACCAGUGUUUACCCAAGCAACAGAUCCUGAACUCUCUUCAGUGUCAGUACAAAUUGUUAUUCCAUCAGGAAAAGAUCUCAGCAGCUUACCGAUGCCUAAUGAAGAAAAGAUAAACUUGAAGAAGAUGGAAGGAGGUUUUGCUGCGGCAGUAAAGUUCAGUGGGAAACCGACAGAGGAUGUUGUCCGUGAAAAAGAGAAUGAACUGAGGAAGAGUUUGAGUAAAGAUGGUCUUAAAGGCAAGACGGGUUGUAUGCUUGCUCGUUACAAUGAUCCAGGACGAACAUGGAAAUUCAUUAUGAGGAACGAAGUUAUCAUAUGGCUUGAGGAAUUCAACUUGGAUUAGCAAACGUUACCAAAGUUACCAUAAUGUAUGUAGAGAUCACCACACUCAAAGAAUAGAAAAUUUGUAUACUUUUUCAUUUUGAUUCAAUAAAAAGUUGUAGACUUAUGAUACAGUAUAUAUCUACUGGAAUCUAUGAUCUCAAGAACAAAAAGAAAAAAGAGAACUUU